CGGGCCGUGCCGAGCCGAGCGGGCCCGGAGCGCAGCGCCCGGGGAGGCUGCGCUGAGGCGGGAGCCGCGCUGAGCCGGGCCCCGCACGGCCGGGGAGCCAUGGCCGGGGAGCCGCUCUCCUUCCGCGCCUUCCUCGCCGCCCGCCCCGCCGGCUGCGAGUACGGCUACGGGCACGGGCACGGGCACGGGGACAGGGACGGGCUCAGCGCGCUGCGAGACCGCGAGUUCCCCCGGCUGCGAGGGAUUACUUACCUUGACCAUGCUGGUUCAGCGCUUUUCCCGGAGAGUCUACUUAAAGCUUUUACUGAUGACCUCAGAAACAACAUUUAUGGCAACCCUCACAGUCAGAAUAUCAGCAGCAAGCUGACAUAUGACACAAUUGAGCAUGUUCGAUACAGAAUAUUGCAACACUUUCACACUACUGCUGAGGAUUACACCAUCAUUUUCACAUCUGGAUGCACAGCUGCACUUAAACUGAUAGCAGAAUCAUUCCCUUGGAUACCUGAAGGCACAAAGCAGCCCAGCAGUCGAUUUUGUUACCUAACUGACAGCCACACAUCUGUGGUUGGUAUGAGAGGCAUAACUGCUUCAAUGAAUGUCUUGUCUGUUCCAAUAAAACCAAAGGAAAUUUUGUUGGCAAAAAGCAGGUUACCAGCUGAAGAACAAAACUGCACAACACCUCAUCUAUUCUCUUACCCAGCUCAGAGCAAUUUUUCUGGUACCAAAUAUCCCCUUUCAUGGAUACAGGACAUAAAAUCUGGAAGACUCUGCCCCAUCAAACUACCAGGGAAAUGGUUUGUUCUACUAGAUGCAGCCUCAUACGUGAGCAGUUCUCCAUUAGACCUGGGAGUUCACCAAGCUGACUUUAUCCCCAUCUCAUUCUAUAAAAUCUUUGGAUUCCCAACUGGUUUAGGAGCAUUAUUGGUAAACAACAGGAUUGCUCCCCUCUUGAGAAAAACCUAUUUCGGAGGUGGAACUGCAGCUGCCUACCUCGCAGGAGAGGAUUUUUAUUUCCCCAGGAAAUCCAUAGCAGAAAGGUUUGAAGAUGGUACAGUCUCUUUUCUUGAUAUCAUUGCUCUGAAACAUGGAUUUGAUGUUCUGGAAAAACUCACAGGUGGAAUGGAGAAAAUUAAGCAGCAUACCUUUGCAUUAGCUCACUACACCUACACUGUGCUGUCUAACUUAAAAUAUGCCAAUGGGGCUCCUGUCGUACGUAUUUACAGUGACACAGAUUUCAGCAGUCCUGAUGUCCAAGGUCCAAUCAUUAAUUUUAAUGUGCUCGAUGAAAAUGGACAAGUGCUCGGCUUUUCACAGGUGGACAGCAUGGCGAGUCUCCACAACAUACAUGUUCGCACAGGCUGCUUCUGCAACACGGGAGCCUGCCAGAUGCAUCUGGACAUAAGCAAUGAGGACAUCCAAAGGAACCUGCAGGCUGGCCAUGUCUGUGGAGAUAACAUAGACCUAGUUGAUGGACGUCCCACUGGUUCUGUGAGAAUAUCCUUUGGCUACAUGUCUUCUUUUGAAGAUGCACAGACUUUUUUGAAUUUCAUCAUAGCCACCAGACUCUCCAACUCGGUUGCUGAGAUUCCUCUCCAGUCUGUUACAAAGCUGACGACAGAGUCUGUUCCAGAUGACCACCUUUCCUUUAACAAGGCAGAUAAAUUGUCUCCAAUACUGCAAAUCUCUGACGGAGAACUCGGGAAUAUUCCAUCUGAGGCAGAGACAACUGGCAGCUGGCAGCCCCCAGAGCCUGAGGCAGAAAGCAUGAGGGCAGCUGUUUCUGAGACUGCAGUGCCAAUGUGUAGAAAAGGUGGCAAGCCCAUCACUGUUGCCAAAAUUUACCUCUACCCAAUCAAAUCCUGCUCUGCAUUUGAGGUUACAGAAUGGCCAGUAGGAAACCAGGGUUUGCUGUAUGACCGCAACUGGAUGGUUGUAAACCAGAAUGGAGUCUGCAUGACUCAGAAGCAGGAGCCAAGGCUGUGUCUUGUGAAUCCCUCAAUUGAUCUGAAGCAAAAAAUGAUGGUCAUUCAGGCAGAAGGCAUGGACCCAAUAUCUGUGCCAUUAGAAGACAAUACUGGAAAAGAGGCUGUGAUCUGUGAGAGUAAAGUCUGUUCACACAGGGUAAAAACGUAUGACUGUGGAGAAAAAAUUGCUGGCUGGCUCUCUAUGUUUCUUGGUUGUCCAUGUCGCUUGAUAAGACAAAGUUCAGGUGUGAAAAGCAAGUCACAUCAGAAAAAUACAAAAGGUCUGUCAUCUGCUACAAACAUCUCACUCUCUCUUGUGAAUGAAGCACAAUACCUCCUGAUAAAUGUAGCAAGCAUUCUGCAGCUGAAAGAACACAUUUCUGCAAGCACAACCAGGCUUGUAAUCUGCUUUUCCUCAGAGGAAGCUCCAGAUGUGGCCAGAACUGUAAUGGUGACUGAGAAGCAUCUGGCUUCCCACUCUGCAGUAUUGAAGGAGCCAUUGGAAAUAGAGGAAUUGAUCCGACGUUUCCGUGCCAACAUUGUCAUCAGUGCACCAGAGUCCUUUGAAGAAGAGGAGUGGGCUGAGAUUUCAAUAGGUGCUCUGCAAUUCCAGGUUGUGGGUCCAUGUAGCAGAUGUCAAAUAAUCUGCAUUGAUCAACAGUCUGGGGAACGAAACAAAGAAAUUCUACAGUCCCUGUCUGCUGCCAGAGGUAGAAAGACAAACUUUGGCAUAUACCUGAUGAACCAGCCCUUGUGCUCAUCCUUUUCAGAUACUUUAUCAGUUGGGUCUCAAGUACUUCCAGUGCUGAAGGAGAAUACAGAAAUUCAGCCUCCGAUAUCCAGUGAAGAAAAAUGUUCAGGAUAGAUUCUCUGGUGGAGAUGAAAUUUUUAAGCAACUACAGUCAAAAGUCAGUAGUCAGUUACACACACAAAAAAGCAAAAGCUUCCACUCAUUUGCUACGGGUAAUUUUUUGUUUGCUGUAAAUGUUAUCAGAUGGCAAAACUGUUGAUAAUUACAGCUCACCUACAUGUUUUUGCUUGUGAUUAGGUUGCAGCAGCCAUAAUUCUAUUUUGCACAAUUGCUUCAGGAUGCAACAGGUUUGAUCAAGUCUUACUGGUGGAUGACUCCCAAAACAAGCCCAACUUUGUUGUCAGAAAGCCACAUCUCAGUGAAGGAAAGUAAACACAAUAAUACACUACUUCCUUCUGCUUUGUCAAAACCCCAAUUAGGAUAGGAUGCAAGACAUAUUUUAGAAACAAUGUGGGUGGGAAGAAAGCAGUGGAAGAGUGGCAUGAGAGUAGCACUGCAUUCAGCUUCUCCAAAAGAAAACUGAAGGUGAUAUGUAGACAGUGUGAAAGCAAUGGAAAAGAGGGAAUUUUUGAGAAGUCUGUGUCUCCCCCUUUGGAAGUAGUGUGUGAGAACACCACCACGGCACAAAGAUAAUGAGGAUUCAUUUGCAAGACACAUUGCCUGUGAAGGAAUUUCAUCCAUUUGUUCUCAAUGUCUUUCUCUUCCAUUUGUUACUUUUCCCUCUGAUUUAUUUUAUGUGAUGUCUUCCCUGGGAUUUUUAAUGUAAUGGUGUUCCUGCCUAUAGAAGGGGAGUUGGAACUAAAUGGUCUUUAAGGUCCCUUCCACCCCAAGCCAUUUCAUGACUCUAUGAGUUCCACACUCUUGUUUCCUUAUACAUUUGUGGAUGCUGACACAUUAUUUCUAAUUAGAGAUGUUUCAAGUAAUUGAAAACUGCAGUCAUUUUCUAUACAAACUUUGUUUAUCCUCAGCAAUCUUUAAUGGCGACUUGAGGGAACUCUUGAGAGUUUAAAUGCUUCUCUAUCACAAACAGGUCAAAGCAUUCUUUUUUCUUACCCUUUGUUCAUUUCAUAAUGCCCUUCUUAAAUGGCUGUUUGCACCUCCUAAAAAAGACUCAUGCUUUCUGAUUUAUGAGAGCAAAUGUCUGAAACCUUAGUCUGAAGUAUCAAUUAUUGUGAAAAUUAUGAAGAAAUAAAUAAAGGAAGACACAGAGCAGAAAAGAAAACCCACAUGGAAAGCUGAUGUAAAUCAAGACUGAAUACAUUGAGGCCAGGUAUUUUAUGACCCUCAACAUGUGUCCAGCUAGCUAUGGGAUGAUUUCAUGCUUCCAGGAAGUCCUUCUGGAAGAGAAAAUUCUCCUAGACUGGCUGCUCUAUUGCCAUCUGGGAAGUGAAAUUUUGACCCCACUAAAGGCACCGUCAAAACUCUCAUCCAAUAUGAUUUAGGCGCAAUUUUGGCUCCAGCUGUGUGAAAGUGCUUCUGGCUGAAGCAAUCCUUAAGUUGUUUGAGCAUAUCCCCGGAGGGAGGCAGGUGGCUUUGCGAAAGAGUUGGUCAGACAGUCAUUCUGAAAGGAGAGCGACUACCACAGAGCAGCAGAGAAUGGGAAAAAGGAAGCUCAUCACCCAGUGCACAAAUCAGAAUUCAAAAAUGCUCUUUCUUCUUUCUAUCUUUCCUUUUUUUUCCUUUUAUUUUUUUUUUAAUGUAUGGUUUCUUUUUUCCUUUGUUCUUUUGAAGAACUGGUUUUACUCACUUCAGCUGGAACAGUUUCUCAGCAGAGCUUUGUAAUGGAAAUGAGAAGAAACGUUGUCUGUUUCUUACAAUAUGCCAUAAAAUACAUGGGAAGAGAGAGGUUUUUCAUAUGUAUGUAAACUGAAAAUCAGUUUUGAGAGUUGUACCUUCCACUUCAGAGCCCAAGGUCUGCUUCUUAAUGCCUGCUUUGAAAAGCAGGGAGUUUUCUCUCUAAUAGUCAGUUAUCUGAGGUUGUAAUGAGAAGGUUUUUUUGGAACCUUGAAAAGCAGUUUCCUGGUAUCUAAAUCUCUUAACUGCUUCACUUUCUGUUAUGCAGAGCAUUGCUUUGUUGGGUAGAAAGCCAGCAUAGCUCUGGCAGAUUUAAUAUUAAGAGAUCUGUUGUAUGCUGACCUUCAGUGAUCUCUGGUGUUCUGAUCUGUCCUCUUCACCUCACCACUGUGUCAUUUGUUUAAAAUGGCAGAAGUUAGAAAAGGAAAUUGAAAGCAACCUCAAAAAGCUCUGUUUCACUCGUUAUUGCAUUUAGUACAAAAUAAGUCACUUUGGUACACAGUAGCUUGACAAAUACUGUUUGUGAAUAUCCAUAAUGCAAUGUAUGAUAACUAUGGAUGAGAGGAUUUGAACUUUAAAAAUGUCAUGCUUGGUCAUUUUGACCUAUUAUUUACAGUCAAUUACACAUUCUCUCUGCUGUUGCUUGGUAAUAUUAGAUCAAGAAUAAUUUUGCCAUUUUACAGGGGGGAAAGAAAGAUUUUCUCUGAUGUAUGAACAUAGUCAUUAGUAUUGUCUGUGCAUUUCCCAGAAGGAACAUCCUUGUGGUACAGUGGUAGGAAAUGUCACAACACUUCAGACUGAUGGAAGAUGUAUAAGGAAUCUAUCAGCUAAAUAAAAGAUAAUAUUUCCCUUCUAGUAAGUGGAGUGUUCCUGCCAGUACUGCUAUGUCUUUCCAUCGAUGAAGACAAAUUCUUCUCAGUGAUAAAACUCUGUGGAAAAUCUCAAAGUGCAAAAAGUCACUUUUAAAUGGCAUGCACUGUAAGUUUGCAGAAAGAACAACCCUCCCAUAAUGUGAAAAAAUAAUUCAGUGGAAGAAGAAAUUUAGCAUACUGCAAUGCCUAAGACUGCACAUACAAAAGGGGCAUAAACACUUUGAAACACUGUAUUAAAAAUUUUUAUGUUCUAUAAGGGUUUAUUUCUUAACUUUCCAAGUAUAGGGAAAAUGAGACAACUUCGUAUGAAUGUAGGCUCUUUGAUCUAAAUACCCCAAUUACUGCCAAAUUAAAUCUUUUAAUAAUUAAAUAAUAAUUGCAGAUAUAUGUUUGCCUUAUAUGGAUAAUAAAUGCACUUAAUAUAGUAUUUCCAGACUGCUAUAUAUAAAAAGUCCUCUAUAUCUUUGAAAACCAAAUGCUUAUUUACUUGAAAUGAAUUAUUCAGACAUAUUGCAUUCUCUGUGAGACUUAGCUCCUUCUCAAAUUUCAAGGUAAAAAUGGUGAUUGUUACAAGUUCUAAUAAUAGCCAGGAGGCUGAAAUCACAAAACAGAAAUCGGUAUUUUUAGGAGAAGUUUCUGAGCUUUGUGUUUUCUGAUACAACUAAGAUAUUUCAGGUUAGUUUAUGAUUUGUAUACUUUCAAUGGUGUCCUUCAAAGUAUACUACAAAUCUUAGGUCAUCUUUCUGUCAAAAUUACAUCCAAAUCAAAAUAAAAGACUGCAUAAAAAUAUGAUUAUUCUCCAUAAAUUGUAGCGAUUAUGCUAUGCAAAUCUUCUUUCAUCUGGUUUUUAACUUCCUUGGAAAUUCAACCAAUAAAAUAUAUAUUGUGUUUGA